CGUCGCUCAUUCGCUCCACAGAUAAAAAAACUGCUGCAAAGUUAGUGCCAGGAGGGAAAAGGAACAUUUUGUUACCAAUAUGUUACAAUACGUUGUAUUAGUGUUUGUAUUCUUGAAUAUAGUUUGUGACAUUAAUUAUUUGAUAAGAACUUUAAUCUCUGUUUUGACUGGAAGGCUGUAUCAAAGGAAAUAUUCUUUGGAUGAAACUACAACUAUAUACGGCAUUUGCACGUUUCAAGACUGUGAUAUUAACUUCAGAAAUAUUAGAAUAGCCAGGCUACUCCGCGAUCUUGACUUCGCGAGGUAUCACUUUUAUGAGAGGACUGGAGUCUACCAGAGGAGCAGAGAGCUCAAAAUCAAAUCGUUGCAAGGGUGCACACUUACUGUAACUGAUGAUCCAGUGCCUUUGUUUGCGCCUUAUAAAAUUAAUACCAAGCUCGUCUACUGGGAUGAUCGUUCUUUAUUCUUGGAGCAUGAAGUGAUUACCUUACGCGACGGAAAAGUUCGCUCAUUACUGUUAUCGCGACAACACGCGAUAGGUGAAAAUGGAGACUCAACAGAAGCGUUACUUGCCAACUUACCCGGUUCAGAACAUCGGCCAUCAUGUCCAGAGUACAUUGAACACUGGCUGGAAAGCAUGCGAAUAAGUAGCGCAAAAUUGAAAAAGGAUCGUUAAAUUAUUGAAAGAAAAG